AUGGUCUCCUUGAAAAACAAUAGAACCACCGUCGUUGUCACAACAAACACCCACCCCCAGAAUCUGCAACCGCAACACACGAGGCGCGCUGAAGCCACGGCGAUGGCAGCCUCCAAACCAAGAGCCAAUGCAGCAACAACGCAUGCAGCAGCACAACAACAACGGUAGCAGCAGCAGCAACAACGGUAGCAGCAGCAACAACGGUAGCAGCAGCAACAACAACGGUAGCAGCAGCAACAACAACGGUAGCAGCAGCAACAACGACGGUAGCAGCAGCAGCAACAACGGUAGCAGCAGCAACAACAACGGUAGCAGCAGCAACAACAACGGUAGCAGCAGCAACAACAACGGUAGCAGCAGCAGCAACAACGGUAGCAGCAG